UGCACAAACGAAGGAGUUUCUACAUCGGGCAUAUUUCACAGACGGACCACAGCUGUCAUCAUAUGAUGCUAACGGAGAGCUUAUUCUUCCAGCAGACUUUCUCUUCCAGUAUUUAUCAUAUGUUUUGACCUUAGUGUAUUAGUCUCUUUUCACUUGUGGUUCUUGUGCCAAGGAGACGUUUCUGCCGCUAUUUGGCUUCUUUUUUAUUGGCACGAUAGCGAUAUGCGUCAAAUGAUUGCUAAAUGCUAAAAACUUUGAAAGCCAGCUCAGUUAUAUGCAUCCAACAACGCUGACAUUUUCACUAACAGGCAAUCUACUGGGACAAAGGUGACUCUAAGAGUGAGUCUUGGCAGACAUCAUGGAGCUACAGGCAGUGCUGAUGGCGGCUGGAGGGGGCUCACGUAUGACUGAUUUAAUAUACAACACCCCCAAGCCUAUGUUGCCCGUUGGCAACAAACCGCUCAUCUGGUACCCACUAAAUCUGCUAGAGAGAGUGGGCUUCGAAGAGGUGAUAGUGAUUACCACCAAGGAGGUCCAGAAGAUGAUGAGCACAGACCCCAAAAUGAAACUGGAUGUGAAGAUAAAACUGGAUAUAGUUUGUAUCCAUGAAGAUGGCGACAUGGGAACUGCAGACGCUCUCAGGCACAUCCAGCCAAAGAUCAAGACUGACAUCCUGGUGUUAAGCUGUGAUCUGAUAACAGAUGUGGCACUUCACGAGGUGGUUGAUCUGUUCAGAGCCCACAAUGCAACACUAGCCAUGCUUAUGAGCAAAACCCAUGAAUUCACAGAGACAGUACCUGGACAGAAGGGCAAGAAAAAGACAGCUGAACAGAGGGACUUUGUUGGCGUGGACACGUCAGGAAAACGGCUGCUGUUCAUGGCCAACGAGGCAGAUCUGGAGGAAGGGCUGUCAAUUAGGAAGUCUAUUAUGACAAAACAUCCCAGGAUGCACAUCAAGACAGGCCUAGUGGACGCUCACCUGUAUUGCCUGAAGAAAGCAGUGGUGGAUUUUCUCACAGAAAACAAGUCCAUCACAUCAAUCCGUGGCGAGUUGAUACCAUAUUUGGUUCGCAAGCAGUUUUCCAAAACGAUCAACAGUCACAAGACGAAAGACGACACAGAUGAUCAGAGCCAGGAAAAGACCGAGCAGUCUAAAGGCCAAGGUCAGGGUCUUGAAUGACUUUUUUUGUCCGUGUUGGAGGACAAACGUUUAGCACUGGCCCAGGAACGUUCCUGUUGGAACGACCAUCAUGGCGACAUGAGCGAGGCCUACCACGGAGGAAAGCUGCGCUGCUACGUCCAUAUCAUGGACCAGGGCCUGUGUUACCGUGUCAACACUCUGGCUGCGUACAUAGAGGCGAACAGACUGGCCCCCAAGCUGUUUGAGGAGUCAGCAGUUCAUCCAAGUGCCGUCAUUUCUGAGAAAUGUCAGGUGGGAUCAGACAGCAUCAUUGGUGCUCAGUGCCAGGUAGCAGAUAAGACUUCUAUAAAGAGGUCCAUUAUUGGCAUCUCCACCACUAUUAAAGAAAAGGUCAAAAUUGCCAACUCCAUCAUCAUGCACGGCGUCACCAUUGAGGAGGGGUGUAAUAUUCAGGGCAGUGUGAUCUGCAGUAAUGCUGUCAUCAGUCGAGGAGCUGACCUCAAAUACUGCCUGGUGGGAAGUGGACAGCAGAUUGAAGCAGAGGCUGAGAGAAAUAAUGAGGUCAUCGUUGGAACGGACCAGCUGAUGGAGAUCUAACUCUGAUGGGGAUUCAUUGGCAUCACCUCAUUAACCAAUCAGAGAGCAGGAAAUUGCAGGACCACCAGCUGACAUCAGGAGGCCAAACGCUGCUCCACUCCCACCUUUAGGCUUUUGUACAUUAAAUAAAGAGGAGUCUGCUUUCACACCCGG